CUGAGAAGAUUUAGCAAUAAAGAAGAAACAUAUUAAGCCUCACACUUGAACCAAGGGUGAAUGGAUCGCUCAGUCAAAACCCCUGCUCAGAAGUUGCGAGCUCCAAACUCAGUGUUUUAUAUGGCAGUGGAUGGUGCUGAAGAAAUUGUGAAUGGCUAUUUGGUGAAGUCUCCUCCUUCAAGGCCUUUCUUUAACCAGAAAUCUUGGAAAAGGAGAUUUUUUGUAUUCUGCAAGACCCCUGAUAACGUUCAUCUUCUGAAAUACUGCAAAGAUGAAGAUGACAGAGGCAAGCCGCUAGGAGGCAUCGACUUGUCUGUCAUUACACUGAUUUUUCCUCAUCCGGACAACCAUAAGAAAUGGAAUUCGAUACAGAAGAUGUUUAAAUGCCAGCCUGAUUCGGUGCUUUACAUACGCACCACAGAGAGGGAAUAUUUCCUCAUAGGAGAAAACAAACAGGAUGUGGAUAAAUGGUUCAAUGCCAUAUCCUCUGUGCUGAUGUCAGUUUCGAAAGUGGAACCUUUGAGAAAUACGGAUGCAACCUGUGAAUCAUUUACUGCAAAUGACAAGCUGAGAUCGAAGUCACUCCCAGAACCUUACUACAAUGUACCUAAAUCUAGGGUGGGUGCAACCUGUGAAUCAUUUACUGCAAAUGACAAGCUGAGACCGCAGUCACUCCCAGAACCUUACUACAAUGUACCUAAAUCUAGGGUGGAUCCACCACCUGAAACGGAACCAACUGAAAACGAUAAUCUGUACAUGCCUAUGACUUCAGUCAGGCAAAGAAUAGUAGAGGAAGCACUGUCUGAAAACCAAAACAGGGUCUCCACAUCUCCUGCUUCAGGAAACAUUGCUGAUAUCAGAAAGCCACAUGACUUUCACUUAGUUGAGAGAGAAGUACAUGUAAUUCAAGAAAAUCUCAAGAAUCACCUGACCCUUGCAGAGAUUGAUGGAAAACCUUGUGUUGCCCACUGGCUGGGUUCUCCAGAUGAUGGAUGUGUGUUCCAUAAAGGAGACCAGAUUAUUGCUGUUAAUGAUCUUGGGACUGACAGUACUACAGAAGUUCAAACAUAUUUGAAUAAGUCAUUAAAAAAAGAGGUCAAAAUAACAAUGAAGAGAUCCCGAGGAUCUGAAUCUUUCAGUGUCGAGCAAUGUUCCUGUGAAUAAUCUUUCAGUAUAGAGCAAUGUUCCUGUGAAUAAUCUUUCAGUGUCGAGCAAUGUUCCUGUGAAUAAUCUUUCAGUGUAGAGCAAUGCUCCUGUGAAUAAUCUUUCAGUGUAGCGGAAUGCUCCUGUGAAUAAUCUUUCAGUGUAGCGGAAUGCUCCUGUGAAUAAUCUUUCAGUGUCGCGCAAUGCUCUUGUGAAUAAUCUUUCAGUGUAGAGCAAUGCUCCUGUGAAUAUCUUUCAGUGUCGCGCAAUGCUCCUGUGAAUAAUCUUUCAGUGUAGGGCAAUGCUCCUGUGAAUAAUCUUUCAGUGUAGAGCAAUGUUCCUGUGAAUAAUCUUUCAGUGUAGAGCAAUGCUCCUGUGAAUAAUCUUUCAGUGUAGAGCAAUGCUCCUGUGAAUAAUCUUUCAGUGUAGCGCAAUGUUCCUGUGAAUAAUCUUUCAGUGUAGAGCAAUGCUCCUGUGAAUAUCUUUCAGUGUAGCGCAAUGCUCCUGUGAAUAAUCUUUCAGUGUAGAGCAAUGUUCCUGUGAAUAAGAUGAAGGACCAUACCUGACAUGGUAAAGAGCCCUUGCAGGACACUGGGUUAAGACAUUCAUUAUAAUGUUAACUACACCUCACUGAACGGACUGUAUGCCACACCAAAAACAUAUGCAAGAUCUACACAAAUACCAGUAUAGAAAAAAAAAUCUAAACAAAAACAGAAAUUUUCAAAGCAUCACAUAAAGGACAAUGUGAUUGGGACAGUCCUUACACUAAGACUUCAAAUCUUCUAACUCACUUUAUACACUAUCUAUGUAUGUACUAAACAGCCUUUCCAAUAUCACAUCGUUGAGAUCAAAUGAACUCUAAUAUCAAGUAUAUACAGUACAGAUCCCUCACCCCUUUUUUUCCAUUGAUAGACAGCUUUACUCUAUAGGCCUUAAAUAAUGCCUUUAAGUUCAAACCACCUGUUAAUCACAUUUUAAAAUGUAUUGAUAUUUUGACUAGCCUUAAAAAGUGUAAUUUGUGUGUGUGUAUAUAUAUAUAUAUAUAUAUAUAUAUAUUGUAUUUAUAUUAGAUGUAACCAAUGGAUGUAAAUGUGUAUAUUUUCCAGUGGCAUUAUUACUUUGUUGUUGUUUUUUUGUAUACAUUGGAUUAAAGAAACAUGUUAAACUAACACCAUA